GUACGUCAUACCGUAUGCAUGUAUUACGUGCGUACAAAGGAGAAGCAAAUUCUGGAGACAACAUCCGAUCAUUCAACCCCGACAUGGACCAUUAAUCUGAACACUGACCUACCGGGGUCAAUCGGUUGAUUGCCACUUUUGUACUGGAAGCGCUCUUACUAACAGGCCCUCAGUCCUAGAGCUCUUUGGUACCUGCCAAAGGUAAACCGGUAUUGCCCCGGGCCUCUCAAGCUUGGACCACGAAGACUCGUUCAUUUGAAGCUUUGGAUUUCUCCGUCCAAGAUUCCAGGUCCAAAAAACUUGAAGCUAUACUUCCCAAACGACGACUGUGUUUGAUUUCUCAGUCGGAAUGCAGAAAACUGUGUCACUCCCGACCAACUUGUCUUAGUUCAACAGGAGCUCUCGCAUGCAUUGGUUAUUGUGAGACUCAAAUAUAUGAAAUGAGUGAGCGAGGGGCCUAAAGUUUGGAAUCGACAGACAGACAGAGUUUCCUUGGUUGGUUGGUUGCUUAAGUAACUCGAGUGUCAGUCAGUCAGUCCGUCCGUCCGUUCUUCCGUCGUUGAGCUGGCAAGUGUUGUUACUGUAGUUUAUGUGGACUCAAGAGAGAGGCUGUGAAGUGUUUCUUUCGGCGAAAAUUGAGUGUACCAUUGUGGUGACGAAACCAUCAAGUUCGAUUAUGUGAGGUUUCUAUCCAACAAGAUUAAACAGUUGGAGGAGAGAGAGAGGUUGAUUCUCAAGCUAAGCCUACGUAGUGCAAUCCUCGUGCCCCCUCCCAUACAUACUCUUCUGUGUCCACAUACUUAAGUACGUCCCUGCAUGUCCUGCUGUACAGACGUACGUAUAGAGUGUACUGGACGUUCAGUUGACAGCGUGCAGGUCGAGUAGUUGAGACACUGAAACUAUCGUUGCCCCCGUGGUGGGGUUAAGAGAAGCGCACGAUGGCCAUGAAACCUUAAAAAUUCUCCAAAACUAAUUACGCAAAACGUCUUCUGUUGCCGAAUUUAUCGUGCACCUCCUCCUCCUCCUCCUCCGACUCUUUCUUCUUCUUCUUCUUUUCCCCCUUUUCAUCCCCCUUCUCGGUCUUCUUCGCCUUCUUGAACGAAACAAGCGAAGUCAGUUGCGAAAAGUGUCGACGGAACAAUAGCUUUCCCAUCACGAACAGCUCCCCUUGCACACAUUUAUCCAUGGUGAAGGAGGGUAUGAGCUUCAUGGAGGUGGAGUCCCCGCAAACCCACAAGGGCUCCAAAGUGAAGGACAAGAUCAAAACAGCCGCCAUUGUGGUCAUCCUCGUGGUUGUGCUGGCUUUAGCCAUCAAAGUAGGAGUGAACUCCAGUUCGUCAUGUUCCAGUUUACCUAAGGGAUCCUCAGAAGCGUCUCAUUUUCGCCCGCUCCAUCCAGGGUUGGGCAAUAGUACAGAGGAAUAUGAUCAAGAUGGCGUGUGUUUGUCAAAAUCAUGCAUCACUGCCGCUCACAACUUGUUCCAAAAUAUGGAUUUGUCUGCAGAUCCUUGUCAAGAUUUUAAUCAGUUCGCUUGUGGGAAAUUCAUCCAAAACAAAGUCAUCCCCGAGGAGAAGAGUACUUACACCGGAUUCACGCCGGUGAGUGAGACCAUCUAUGCUCGAGCUCGAAACAUUCUCGAGGAACCAACCACCGAGCACGACUGGGAUUCGUUUAAGAAGGCAAAAGCUCUGUAUCAAUCUUGCAUGGACGAGGACACACUAGAGAAACUGGGGCUUGAGCCCCUUCAAUCGGCUUUGAGAGAACUGGGUGGCUGGCCAGUGCUCUUGGGGUCGUCUUGGGAUCCAAGCGCAUUCACAUGGUACAAUCAAAUGCUUCGCUUCAACGAAAAGGGGUUCAGUAAAAAUCAGAUCGUGUCGUGUUAUGUGGCCCCGGACUAUAAGAAUUCGUCUCGGAGAGUGAUCUUCCUAGAUCAACCUAACCUUGGAAUGUCCAGAGAAUAUCUCAUCAAAGGCUUCGACGAUCCUGAUGUGCAAGAAUACUACCGAUUCAUGAUUGAUGCGGCUAAACUGCUAGGAAUGGAUUUUGAGACAACCCAACAAGAACUGAAAGAGUCCCUUGAACUGGAAAUUGAUCUGGCUUUAAUUUCUGCCCCCCGAGAGGAACGACGGGACCGUACGAAAAUGUACAAUAAGUUUUUAGCCAAAGACAUCGAAAGCCUACCGGGACAUCCACCCUCUUGGGCAAGCUUUAUCGACACACUGAUAUUCGAUCAAACCAUCGGUCCCGAUGAGCCAAUCAUUGUGAAGAACCCCGAAUACAUGGCCGAUUUAUCGACGUUGCUGACUGCGUCCAGCCCCCGGACAAUCAGCAACUACUUGGGAUGGCGAGUGGUAAAAUCUAUGUUCCAAUUCCUCAACCACGAUGCCCGGGCUAUUCUUUUAAGAUUUAACAAGGCUUUGACCGGUGUCAAAGUGGAAACACCUCGAUGGAAGUUCUGCGCCAAUUUGGUGGGCUUUGAUUCCACCAGUUUGAAGAGAUUCGAAAUUCCUAUCGGCAGCAUGUACGCUAUGAGACAUUUUUCUUCUCAAGCCAAGAGUAAAGUGUUAAACCUGAUUCAAUACCUGAGAAAAGCCUUCAAAGACAUAUUGGACGACAUAGACUGGAUGGAUGAAGUCACUCGUGGAAAUGCGCAGGAAAAACUGACAAAGAUUGCCGAGAAUAUCGCAUACCCGGAAGAGAUGUUAGAGCAAUCCCUGGUGGAUGGCUUAUAUACCGGGCUCUUGGUUCACAAUCACAGUCUCAUAGAUAAUUUGUUGAAUAUUACCCUGUGGAAACGGCAGUUUGAUUGCGGUCGACUGCGGGACCCCGUUUUAAAGCGGGAUUGGAUUGAUCAAGGGAUCGUGGCCGUGGUGAAUGCCUUCUACAAUCCAUUCAAGAAUCUGAUUACCUUUCCCGCUGGUAUCUUGCAAGGACAUUUCUUUGACGACACAGUGCCCAUGUAUUUGAAUUUCGGAGCCAUUGGAGGUGUGAUUGGGCACGAAAUCACCCACGGCUUCGAUGACCGAGGUCGACAGUUCGAUGGCGACGGUAACUUGAGAGAUUGGUGGGCGCAAUCCACCAAGGAUAAGUUCGUGGAAAAAACCAAUUGCAUCAUUCACCAAUACGGAAACUACACUGCCCAACAGAUUGGUAUGCAGUUGAAUGGAGUCACGACGCAAGGGGAAAACAUUGCCGACAACGGAGGAUUGAAGGAAGCGUAUUACGGAUAUGAGAAAUGGUUAUCGAAUCAUGGCCAGCCCGAGUCUAAGUUACCUGGCUUGGGAUUCAAUCCCAAGCAGCUAUUCUGGAUUAGUUGGGGACAAGUUUGGUGCGCCAAAUGGAGGGACGAAGCCUUGAAGAAGCAGAUCAAAACCGGGGCUCAUUCGCCCAACAAGUUCCGAAUUAUUGGGCCACUCUCGAAUUUUGAUGAGUUUUCGAUUGACUUCAAAUGCCAAGCUGAUUCACCAAUGAAUCCUCAAAAGAAGUGCCAAGUUUGGUGAAAAUCAAAAGUUCAAAAGGAAUAUUAUUACUAUUACAUUAAUAUUAUAUGUAGUCUUUCGUAACAAAUUCGCUUUACGUAUGUCCAUGUGGGUAACUUUAUCUAAUAAGAAGAAUACUUUCGUUCAA